CCGACAUGCAACCGAUUUCUGGAGACUUCGCAGCAGCUCCGUGAUGAUUUAACAGCAGAGAGAGUGAGCGAGAACAACCGAUUAAUUGAUGCUUUAACUAAGAUGAAAGGAGCGUGGCUGCCAGCAGCAGAGAGGAGUGAACCUGCGCUGGAGGAAAGCUAACCCACGAAUGGCCUGCCAGUCUGUCUCUGCAGUCAUGGACGAGCAGGCCCUGCUGGGGCUCAACCCGAACGCCGACGCCGGCUACAGGCAGAGGGCCAUGGCGUACUUUGAGCAGCUGAAGGAGUCUCAGGAUGGUUGGGAGGUUUGUGCAGCGGCUCUCGCUAAAGGGAUUUAUAAUGACGAUCAUGUGAAGUUCUUCUGCUUCCAAGUUCUGGAGCAUCAGAUCAAGUUCAGACACGGAGGUCUGAGUGGAGCUCAGCAGCAGCUCAUCAGAGAGACGCUGAUGAAAUGGCUCCAGUGUCAGAACGGUUUCCCGGCUCUGCUGACCAACGACGACCAGCUGUUCAUGUUCGAGGCGGCGGGCGUCCUCAUCGUGAACGGUGAGAGUCCAGCGGAGAGGAAGCAGGCGCUGAUGAGGAGCCUGCUGACGCCGCUCAUGGACGCUUUCCGCCUGCUGCUCGCCAAAAUGCCGCAGGAGACGGAGGAGGAGCGCCAGGCCGCCCUCGCCGACUGUCUGAGCCACGCGGUCGGCUUCGCCAGUCGGACCAGUAAGGCGUUCAGUAACAAGCAGACGGUGAAGCAGUGUGGGUGUACGGAGGUCUACAGAGACUGUCUGCAGACCUUCCUGCCUGCGCUGAGCUGCCCCGUCCAGCGGGGGGUGCUGCGGAGCUCCGUGCGCUCCUUCCUGCACCGUAUGAUCAUCUGCAUGGAGGAGGAGGUGCUGCCCUUCAUCCCCGCCGCCUCCGAGCACAUGCUGAAGGACUGCGAGGCCAAAGACCUGCAGGAGUUCAUCCCACUCAUCAGCCAGAUCACCGCCAAGUUCAAGCGGCAGGUGUCCCCGUUCCUGCAGCAGGUGUUCAUGCCGCUGGUGCACGCCAUCUUCGAGGUGCUGGCGCGACCGGCGGAGGACAACGACCAGGCGGCCGCGCUGGAGAAGCAGAUGCUGAGGAGGAGCUACUUCAGCUUCAUCCAGACCGUCACAGGAAGUGGCAUGAACGAGGUCAUGGCCAAUCAGGGAGCGGAGAACAUCGAGCGUGUGGUGUUCACCAUCAUCCAGGGAGCCGUGGACUUCCCUGAUCCCAUCGCUCAGAAAACCUGCUUCAUCAUCCUCUCCAAACUGGUGGAGCUGUGGGGAGGUAAAGACGGCAUGGUUGGUUUCCCAGACUUCAUCUACAAACACAUCGUCCCUGCCUGUUUCCUGGCUCCUCUCAAACCGACCUUUGACCUCUCGGAUGCUCAGACGGUCCUGACGCUGUCGGAGUGCGCCGUCACGCUGAAAAUGAUUCAUCUCAAACGGGGGCCGGAGUUUAUUCACUUCUUGCAGCAGGAGUAUCUUCCAUCGCUGCAGGUGUCGCCGGAAAUCUCACAGGAACUGUGUCAAGUCAUCCAGCAGCCAGACAUCAAAGUCCUGAAAAACUACAUCAAGGCGUUCUUCCAGCGAGGGAAGCUGUAGGGAAUAAAAACUGGAAGUUCACCGGGACUGAAAAGGACACUUUUGACAGGAAGUGGUCGUACACGCCACUUUUUUUUUUUUUUUUUACAACACCACCACCACCACCAACGAAGAAGAAGAAAAAAAAAGGACGUUAGCAUAGGAAGCUGCUUUUUGCACUUAAACAGUAAAAGCAUCACGCGGCCGGUCGGUCGGUCGGUCUGUGGA